AUGAAGUCUCCUCAAAUUCUCUCCGCUAUGCCUCUAUUUUUAUUAGGGCUGACUACCGUGGUUCAUGGACAGAGCUGUAUGAGCGGCCAGCUGUACUGUGGAUAUGCUUUGGAAAACAUGGGUUGGAGUAAAAACGACCUUAUUGUCAUCGUAACCAACGACGUUGAUCCCAGCCAAGGCGCCAUCGAUCAUCCAGGCCACGCUCUCUACCAGUGUCUUGAUUCCGAAGAAGAAGUCUUUUAUGUCGGUUAUUGUAACCGGGGAUGCGAUGCCCAGGGUGAUGGCUACGACGACAUUUGCAAUGGGGAGUAG